ACUUGAUGUUGACAUCACUAGUAAAUAACCUAACUUUUCAAUAUCAUAAAAUUCGAUAAAUUGAAAAUAUUCUAUUUAUGUACUAAUUAUAGUUAAAAAUUUACCCCUUAUUGUUGAAAUGAUAUUUGUAUUGUAGAUUAUAUCAUAAUUAUUGUCGACGUAGGAUUGUUUGUAAGUUUUUAUAAGGUGUAAAGACACUUGAAGAAUGGGUAUUUUAGAAAAGAUAUCAGAAAUUGAAAAAGAAAUUGCACGGACACAAAAGAAUAAAGCAACUGAGUAUCAUUUGGGUCUAUUAAAAGCAAAGCUUGCUAAGUAUCGUUCGCAGCUUUUAGAGCCCUCCAAGAAAGGUGGGGACAAAGGAGAAGGUUUCGAUGUAUUGAAGUCAGGUGAUGCCCGAGUGGCUCUAAUUGGGUUCCCAUCUGUGGGUAAAUCAACCUUACUAUCUACACUGACGCACACACAUUCGGAGGCCGCUAGCUAUGAGUUUACAACAUUGACUUGCAUCCCUGGAGUCAUAGAGUACAGGGGUGCCAACAUACAGCUACUUGAUUUGCCAGGAAUUAUAGAAGGUGCUGCACAGGGCAAAGGUAGAGGAAGACAGGUGAUAGCGGUGGCGCGCACAGCUGACCUGGUGCUGAUGAUGCUGGACGCCACCAAGCCGUAUGUGCAUCGCCAGCUGCUGGAGAAGGAGCUGGAGAGUGUCGGCAUCAGGCUCAAUAAGAAUAAACCUAAUAUUUACUUUAAGGUGAAGAAGGGCGGAGGACUGUCUUUCAACUCAACAUGUCAGCUAACAAAAGUGGAUGAGAAGAUGGUGCAAAUGAUACUACAUGAAUAUAAAAUAUUUAAUGCUGAGGUGCUCUUCCGCGAGGAUUGUACCGCGGACGAGCUGAUCGACGUGAUCCUGGCGAACCGCGUCUACCUGCCCUGCAUCUACGUCUACAACAAGAUAGACCAGAUCUCCAUACAGGAGGUGGACAGGAUAGCGCGCGAGCCGCACUCCGUCGUCGUCAGUUGCAACAUGAAGCUGAACCUGGACUACCUGCUGGAGAUCCUGUGGGAGUACCUCUCCCUCAUCCGCGUCUACACCAAGAAGCCCGGACAGCCGCCGGACUUCGAUGACGGACUCAUUCUUAGAAAGGGUGUGAGCAUCGAGCACGUGUGCCACUCCAUCCACCGGUCGCUGGCGGCGCAGCUGAAGUACGCGCUGGUGUGGGGCACCAGCACCAAAUACUCGCCGCAGCGCGUCGGCGUUGCGCACCUCGUGCAAGACGAGGACGUCGUGCAGCUCAUCAAGAAGUAGCACAGUUGCAGAAGUGUUUGGUGGUCACUGCCGCUUUACCAUGAGUUUCCAUUGCCGAAACAUCUAUACAACAUGUUACAUGUUGU